AUGGCUCCUACGGACAAGAAGCAGACAAAGAAGAGCACCCUCAACGAGGUCGUGACUCGCGAAUACACUAUCCACUUGCACAAGCAUGUGUUUGGCAGGACCUUCAAGAAGCGUGCUCCCACCGCUGUGAAGGCUAUCCGUGAGUUUGCCCUCAAGACCAUGGGAACCUCGGACGUGCGCCUCGACCCUUCCCUGAACAAGGCCGUCUGGGCCCGCGGAAUCAAGUCCGUCCCACACCGCAUUCGCGUGCGUUUGUCCAGGCGUCGUAACGAUGCUGAGGAUGCCAAGGAGAAGCUCUACACGUUCGUCACCUUUGUGCCCACCACUAACUUCAAGGGCCUCCAGACCCAGACUGUCGACGAAUAG